AUCGUUAAAUUACCAUUGCCAACCACCUCGGAUUAAACUGUAUAAUAUUUACUCAUCCCGACCCACCUAGGGCUACCAUUCCCUCCACCACAUCACUAGGAGCAACCCGCUGCCUGACCUCGGCCACUCCCGGAGGAGCUCCCCAGUCUUAGCCCGUACAAAUUACAAUACGUAUCAUGGUGUUUAUUUCCAAGGGUGAUUACUUUACUUAGGAUCGGUUUCGGUUGACGCCCAAAAUGUUAGCUUCUUCAGCUUCAGCUUCUGCUAGAGCCGUUUUUCGCUCUUGCCCAAAUGCGGUCAAAGGGGACCCUUUUCUCUGGUUGUAUUGUGUAACCCAAAAUGUUUUCGAUCACUCGGUGCCAUCCACUACAUGUUUUACACACUCUCCUUCCGAAGCUUCGUGUACAUCCUCCGCAUUGGACUCGUUAUCCGUGCGGAGGUCAAAUGUUUUUACGUCUCAUAGCAUUCUUCGAAACUGCCUGCCUGCUACUGCUAGAUGCAUGAGCAGUACAUCAUUGGAGGUGAAGACAGACAAUGAUGUUGUCAGGUUUUCAAUCGGCAAGCCACUCGAUAAGACUGGUCCCUCAAACAAUGGGAACAAGAAGAUGGAUGUGGCUCGGCGUGUUAAAAUGUCCAAGAAAGCCAAACUGAAUGAACUGCGAUUUUACCGCCUCAAGGCCAAAAAGAAGAUGAACUCUCCAAACCCACAAGUUAGAAUUAUAUACAAACUUGAAAAGGCAAAACGAAAGGAAGCAUGGUUGAUUGAGAAGUUGAGGAAAUUUGAGGUUCCCAAAGCCCCCGCUGAAACACAUGAUCCUGAAAUUUUAACUGAAGAAGAAAAACAUUAUCUUAAGCGAACCGGUGAGAAAAAGAAGAACUAUGUCCCAGUAGGAAGGCGAGGAGUAUUCGGAGGGGUGGUUCUAAAUAUGCAUCUGCAUUGGAAGAAGCAUGAAACUGUUAAGGUAAUUUGCAAGCCUUGUAAGCCCGGACAGGUUCAUGAAUAUGCUGAAGAGCUUGCUCGACUGAGUAAAGGCAUUGUGAUUGACAUAAAACCUAAUAAUAGCAUAAUUUUCUACCGGGGAAAGAACUAUGUGCAGCCGAAAGUGAUGUCACCUCCGGAUACAUUAUCCAAAAAUAAGGCACUGGAAAAAUAUAAAUACGAGCAGUCCCUCGAACAUACAAGUCAGUUCAUUGAAAAGCUUGAGAAUGAACUAGAAGAGUAUCAAAAGCACGUAGCUCGAUUUAAGAAAGCAAAUGAGGAUGCAACACAAGAAUCUUUGGUCAAGACGUGAACAGUAAGCAAACGUUUAUGAAGCUGGUGUUGGAGGUGUGUCAGAUUCUGCAUUUCAAUCUCUUUGAAAAGCGAACUUGUCUUGGCUAAAAGACGGAUGCAGCACCUUUGUGCUAUAUGCUCUUCGUGGAUUCCGAAACUUUGGUGUUUAGUAUUUGAAAGUGAUCAAUCUUUAUCUGAGUUAAUUUUCCAAUUC